AUGCUCGGGGGCAGCGGUGUAGGCAGGGACAACGAGGAUGGUUGGAACAGGGUGUUACAGAAAAUCGGAGUCGAAGAGUGGCCCAACGGUGCGGGUGACGUCACAAUCCCGCUGUGGAGUAAGCUGCUCGGCGACCUGAUGACCACGUUUAACCACAAGCCAAUCGUCUACGUCGACGUCAAGUGGAAUCGCGCCAUGAAGAAAAACGUCAUACACAUUUGUCCUGGAUCACUACCUACGAAGAAAGAAUACCUGCCCUCAUAUUUCUAUAAAACAUACAUUCUCGAAGUUGCAUACAAGCUCAGCUCGACCACCCUAGAAGAACGACGAGUCGUUCGCGCUGUGGAUGAGAUAAUACAGUUUGAACAGAACUUGGCUGAGAUAUUGGCCAUGAAAAGCAACGGAAGUGAAGAAAGCUAUGUCAGCGUCACGCAGCUCGAGAAUGACGUCGAUUUGAGACAGUCAAUGGUGGACAUCUUUCUGAUAAUGGACAACAUAUUCAAAUCGGCCCACCUUGAACUACGCAGAAACGCUUCGGUGCUAGUGAAAGAACCGACCAAGGUCCGUCUUCUGCUUAAGGCCUGCGGGGAAUGGGAAAAGCACAUCGUUACGAAUGUACUGGUCUGGCAUGCGUUGCAAACUGUGGGAAAGGACGUGUUACCCAGCGUCCAGAGUAUGGGCGCCUCUUUCAAGAGCCAUUUGUGGAAACUGAAGCGGACCAGCCCGCCGCAGACCAUAGUUUGCAACACCGCCCUGGCGAAUGCGGCGCCAUCACCGUACAGCAUGAUCUACAUCCUUAACUUCUUCAACGAGUCAAGCAUGAGCAUGGCCAAGGUAAUGAUAGAUUUCCAGCAGAGCUUAUUUUUUGAAGAGCUGAAAAACAGCAAGUGGAUGGACGAAUUAUCGAAAAUGCAAGCUUUGCAAAAGCUUACGAAGUUGAAUUCUGUGGUUGGCUAUCCUAAGUGGAUCAUGGAUGAAAAAAAGGUUGCUUCGUACACACCAACGGGUAAGAGAUUCAACGAUGACCCGUUCGUGUACUACUACGUGUCAUGCGCACAGCUGCACAUGAAAAACAAGCUGCGCACCCUGCUUGGGAAAGCCAGACCGGGGGAAGGCCAGCCAUUCAACGCUGCCAUGGUGAACGCCUAUUACUCGCGGACGGACAACAAAAUUGUUAUUCCAGCAGGGAUUAUUCAAGACCCCUUCUUUGACCCCGGACUGCCAAGGUACAUAAAUUACGCCACUCUCGGCUACAUAAUUCUUCAUGAGAUUACACAUGGGUUUGACAGUGAAGGUAAGAGUCUACUUAUUGCUUGUUAUUCCAUGAUGUUUCAAUGA